AUGGAUCUCUCCACUCGACAUUACAACGACGGCCUGCUCUUCGCAUUUCUACCAACCUCCUACGACGACACCAUUCUCCACCACCUCGGCUUUCAUUUUCCGCACCCUACCCUACUCCCUUACCACCUCCACCACCCCCAUCAUCAUCGACGACACCAAAACCAGACCGAGGGCGUAGGCACGAUCCGCAGCACCCACGGCGGGCCCGCACCCCUCUUCGAAGACGACGGCGGCCUCUCGUCCGAGUCCGAGGCCGAGGGGGACGACGACGACGAUAACGACGACGACGACGAAGACGAAGAUAACGACCUUGACGGGGACGAGGACGGAGGUUCAGGUUUGAUGUUGGGCGCUGGGCAUCCCGUGAGCGAGUUGGUGCUUGAGCCGGAGAGUUUGGUUACGCUGCCUAGUGGGGAGAAGGCUCAAGGGCAAGGUGCUGCUGGUGUUGGUGCGGGUGUUGGAGGGGAUAGGGAUGGGGAUCCUGGUACCGCGAAGCCUCCCGGUGUAGAGGAUGUGAAGACGCCCACGCCGAUGAGCAUGAGCAUCACCGAGACGCCUACCAUCGUCCCCUCCACCACCGCUCCUACGCCGCAAGUGGCAGCGCCGACCCCCAAGGUGUCGACGGGGUUCAUACCCAAGAUGAAAGCCUUCCCGAGGAAGUUGAGUUCCAAGUCCGCGUCGUCCAUGUCGGGUACUUCGACGCCUCCUACCACUCUCUCCACCGCGGCUAGCUCGGGUUCUGUCCUCCCUACGUUGGCUACGACCCCGAAUCGCUCUGAAACGUCUUCGCCUGCUGUAUCCGAGGGUGUCGGCGUCGGCGCUGAAGGAGCCAAGGGCGUCGGUGUUGGUGUUGGUGUUGGUGUUGCUGCUGAAGGAGGUGCGAAGGACAAGAAAGGAAGCAAGGCGACUAAAGAGGGGAAGAAAGGCAAAGGCAAAGGGGCCAAGAAAGGCAAGAAGAGGCGUGGAGAGUAUAAAUUGGAUCACGCGAAUGAUAUUUUGGGGAUUGUUAUGCUUGAAAUUCAGGGGGCGGAGGAUUUGCCUCGGUUGAGUAAUAGCUGGGACAUGGACCCCUUCGUCGUCAUCUCAUUCGGCAAGAAAGUCUUCCGCACGCGUGUGAUCCGGCACUCGAGGAACCCCGUGUGGGACGAAAAGUUGAUUUUCCAUGUGAGGAGGUAUGAAGCUGGGUUCAAGGUGCACUUCUCCAUCCUCGACUGGGACAAACUCUCCGCCAACGACCACAUCGGCGACGCCUCGUUUGAUGUCAAGCUGCUCAUUGACGAGGCUCCGCAGCCUGAUCCGGAGACUGGGUUGUACCCGCCUGAGGAGGAUGGGAGUAAGCACCCGAUGAAGGAUAUGAAGCUCAAGUUGGAGGUGCCGAAGAGUGGGUGGGGGGAGAAGUUUAGUCCUAGUAUUAGUGUCAGAGCGAAGUACCAACCCUACGCCGCGCUCCGCCAACGUUUCUGGCGACAGUACCUCAAGCAGUACGACACGGACGACACGAAUACGAUGUCUCAUCUCGAGUUGACGUCCAUGCUUGACUCGCUCGGGUCGACGUUGACGGCUGAUACGAUCCAGGGGUGGUUCGAGCAAUUCGGGAAGGACGUUCAAACCGGCGAGCUGACGUUUGAAGAAGCCAUCAUGGCGCUUGAAGCCGAGCUUGGUAAAGAGGAGAGCGAGAAGCGCAAGGUGGACGCUACGAGUGGUGGUGGGGUGGGGCUUAAGGAUAAGGAUGAGGUGGGAUCGAGCUCGGCUACGCCUGUCGUACUCCAAGGGCUUGAUGCGCAGGGUCGGGAGAUUAGGCUGGAGGAGUUGGACUUUAGCGGGCAGCCGCGUGUGCAGAGGGAGGAAAGCUCUGGAUCGACUUCGGAUGUGAGCGGUGCGGGAGUAGGUGUGGGUGUUGUGCCGCCUGCGCCUGUCCCGACUGCGCCGUUGCAGCAGCCUUUGACGGAGGUCGUAGCUGAAGGCGAGAAGACUGCUAGCGGUGUUGAGGCGAAGGAGGAGGAGGAAGAAGAGGAUGGGUCGACGACUGCUGCUCCUACCGCCACCGCAACAGCGACAUCCACCACCUCGAAGAAGAAAAAGUUGCGCUUUGGGAGGAAGAAGACGCAGACGCUUCCUUCAGGGGGUCUGAACACGCCUGGGACGGUGUCGGGUGAUACCUCGGAUGUGUCCACGCCUGGGUCUACUACCUCAUCUUCAUCCUCGUCCUCGAGUUCGAGUGGGUCGGGAGGAGGAGGAGAGCAGGUGGAGAGGGUGAUCAAUGUGAAGAAUUGUCCAAUGUGUCAUCGACCACGUAUGGGGAGUAAGGGUGAGAUGGAUAUUAUUACUCAUUUGGCUAUUUGUGCUAGCCAAGAUUGGAACGCCGUGGAUAAGAUCAUGGUUGGCAAUUUCGUUACUGCUUCCCAGGCGCAGAGGAAGUGGUAUACGAAGGUCUUGAGUAAGGUUUCAAGUGGGAAUUAUAAGUUGGGUGCGAACUCGGCAAACAUUAUCGUUCAGAACCGGAUGACUGGCCAACUCGAGGAAGAGAAGAUGCAGGUGUAUGUCCGUUUGGGCAUUCGGUUGUUGUACAAGGGAGCUUCUAGUCAGAUGGAGGGUGCGCGAGCUCGACGACUCCUGAAAUCCCUUUCGAUUAAGCAAGGUAUCAAGUACGACGAUCCUGCGUCUGCUAAGGAGAUCCCCGGCUUCAUCGAGUUCCACAACUUGAACGUGGAUGAAGUUUUGGAUCCUUUGGAUUCGUUCAAAACGUUCAACGAGUUCUUCUACCGCAAGCUUAAACCCUCCGCUCGACCCGUCGAGUCUCCUGACGACCCCUACCGCCUCGUCUCCGCCGCCGACUGCCGCUUCAUGGCCUUCGAGACUGUCUCCGCUGCUACCAAGAUAUGGAUCAAGGGUCGCGACUUUAGUGUGUCCAAGCUUUUAGGAGAGGAGUAUAAGGCGGAUGUGGAUCGGUACGAUGGAGGCGCGUUGGCGAUUUUCAGGUUGGCGCCACAGGAUUAUCACCGGUUCCAUUCGCCUGUGGAUGGUGUUGUGGGCAAGAUGACGUAUAUUGCGGGGGAGUAUUACACUGUUAAUCCCCAAGCUAUCCGAACGGCACUCGACGUCUACGGCGAGAACGCGAGGAAGAUCGUUCCCUUUGACAGUCCCCAGUUUGGACGCGUCAUGGCUGUAUGUGUGGGUGCGAUGAUGGUGGGUAGUAUCGAGACGACCGUCGAGGAGGGCCAGACCGUCAAGAGGGGCGACGAGUUUGGGUACUUUGCUUUCGGUGGUUCGACGAUUGUGAUACUCUUCGAAAAGGGCGCUGUGGAGUGGGACGAGGAUUUGUUGAUUAAUGGACGGGCGUCGUUGGAGACGCUUGUGAGGGUUGGGAUGGGUAUUGGACGGGGUGAUCCCGCCAAGUUUAAUUGA